AGGCUGUUGAAGUCAAAUAUGAUAAUCUUAUUAUAAGUGAUCCAGAAGUGUGGCAAGAAAGGGAACAUAUAGGAGAUAUUUGCUGGACGCGAAGAACUUUUAGGGAACUCUUAUUGACGGCAGAUGAAAAUUUUAAAAAACUAGGAAAAUCAAAUGGGAAGCGAAGUGAAUUAAUGCAACAAAUGAAAUUAUUUCGUAAACGUCAAAUCCCAUUUGAUAUCGAAUUAGAAAAAACAAGUGAUGAAAUCUGUGAAAUUUUAGUUGAUGCGCAUUUAAAUCUUGAUGAAGAUCUUAUUGAAAUAAUGGAAGAAGAUAAUGGUAUUAAUGAUGCAGAAAUAAAUUCAUUUGGUAAAGAAGCUGAUUUGAUAAUUAGUAGGUUUUUGAAUAAAGAUGUAGAUACAUUUGUUAAUGAUUUAGAUGAAAUUAUUGAGGAUAGUUUGGAAGAGGAUUCAGAGAAAGAAGAUAAUCAAAAUGUAGUUGAAAAAGAAAAGGAGACAAACAUAGAAUGGGAUCCAAUCGCAGCAGCUGAUGAUAUAGUUAAUAAUUUGUAA